AUGGGCCCAAAUUGUCAGGAUGCAAAGUCUACUUUGCCAAAUCUCCUGCACACUUGUCAAAUUGCAUGCACGAUGCUUUGGGACGAAAAGAAGGAAGAUUACGUAACUUGCCUGGACCCGAUGGAAUGCUUUACUGCGGACUUCUCGACACCCUCAACCCUGGUUUCUGUUUUGAACAACGACGUGGAAUUCCUGUUGGCCCAGAAUCUAUCAACAAAUUGCUCUUACGAAUUUGAGAAUGUUAUCACGUGGAGCGAUACCGUAAGCGGCAGUAUAUGGAGUACUGAGGAGGCGUGCGGCAAGCACAACAUCCAGGUUGUGCAACUCCUCUUCAGCGAUGAAUCCAUUUUUAACGGGAAGUCGACGGAAACAGAGGCAUGCAAAACGCAAGACGUCACAGACUUAAUGGUUUCUUUCUGUGGAGAGCAAGUAACUUCAACGUCAGGGGCAUGCAAGGUAUCGAUGCUUGCUUUUACCAACGCGAGUUCCUCAACCUUGUGCCCAGCAGCUCCCAAUCCAUCGAUGUUAAUGCGCUUCAAUUGCGAUGCAAAACGACAAACUACGUUCGCCAAAGAGGGUACAAAAUUUUCCUUGUACAACCCAUGCCCUGAUACGUACACCACGGAGAUCGUGGCCGCCGUUUAUGGCUGCGAAUCGGUGCUCCUCAGCCAGGGGAAAAAAGCUGCCUGCGAAGUAAAGGAUGUCACAGCGGUGCUGAAUUCAGUAUGCUCCUCCUUGAAUACUGAAGAUGCGAGUUGCACUAUUGCUGAGGACCUGCUACCGUCGAAGACGGAGUUGUGUCCUUCCUGCGAUACCUUUACUAUGAUGGCGUAUUACAACUGCCGGAUAAGCGAAAAUACAUUGGCAGGGUAUGAUAUUUUUACGCAUUCGUCUUCUGGCAGCUUAACUUACUCUGGCGACAUCCCUUCCUGUGGAUGUGUCGAUGGGUCAACGCCAGCCACCGAAGAGGAGGUCGUUGCUAAAUCAUCCUGGAAGGCGUACCUUACUCCGCCAGCAACAGUACGCCUGGGUGGAGCUCGUAGCCUUUUUGUCGACAAAAAUGGCAAGCUGGAAUUCUCGAUUUGGGCCCCCUCUUCGGAUACAGACUGUUUGGACGACGAUGUACAAGUUUUCUGCAAGCGACCUUCCCAGACAGCUUCAGAUGAAGGCAUGAUGAAUCCUACACCGCUCUGUGAAGAAGCUUACUCGACAAAAGUUUCCAGCGGCACUUUUCAGCAUGAGCUAUGCCGGGAGUAUUGUGCUCAUUUGCUAAAGAAUACAUGCGCAUCGGCAGAAAACAAGUGGGCUUGUGUUUUUGAGAAUUCAACCAACUGCUACAUCCCCAACUCCACGCGCACAACUUGUGCUAUACGAGCGGUGUCUGCUGAGUAUAAUCCCAGCUUUAAUAGCUGUGGAUGCGAGAACGACCCCACUAUGGAACCAUGUACUGAAAGUGAAGUUAAAAUGCUGUCCGUCGACUGGACUAGCGAUUUUAUGGAGCACUACCAAGGAAAAGAAGGCUUGUUGCUGCUGAGGAACAUGAGGGUUAUGGAUGGCACAGGGUCAAUCUAUACGGAUUUCGGGGUUUCCCAAAAUCUAGCCUGUACUCGUGCCUCAAAGUACAAAGGCAUAUUUUGUCGAGGUAACGAAAUCGGCAGGCAAUAGCCUAAUUGUGAUGGCGCGGUUUCCACCGAUUUAAGUAAUGUAUCCGAUUAUCAGUGCGCGUAUUCAUGCUACAAAAUAUAUAAUCAGUGUCGAGAGCAGAAUGACACAAGCAUCGCAUCGUGCUACUCGACGGCACAGAAGGACGACCCGACCUUACGGCAAUGCAGUGUUCCGUUGGGUAAGUACGAACACGGCCAGUCUGCUGGUGUAGUGCGUGAUGGGUUUAUCGCAGAAUCGAAUAUGCUCACCGGAGUGGUUGCGAUAACGACGGAGUGGAUAAAAGUGGCUUUCCCGUCUUUGGUUUUUCCUAACCCAGUGGUAUUGACAGGUCUUAUGGAGCCCCUCGAUACCUUUGGGCAAGUGCAAAUCACCGACGUGUCAGCCACUGGAUUUAGUAUUCGCUUAGCAUUGGACUAUUGCAGGAUUGGCUAUGCAGCUGCAUAUGCGAAGGCGAGCUGGCUUGCCGUAUCAGAGGAGCGCUACGCGGUCUCGGGUUCCGGGACGCCAUUUCGUGUGGGAACAAUGGAUAUCACUAUUGACAAAGAUAUGGAUAUUCUGCCUUUGAUUCAAGUGCAUUCCUCUAAGCCUCUAUUACUGACGCAAAUCCAAAACAUUGCGAGCGACCUGCCGCCUACUGAUAUUCCAUUCGUUACGAUAUCCCGCCUCGAUGCCACUUUAGCAACCAUCAGCGUUCAUACCACAUCUACAGCGGCGCAACAGAAGAAAUUCACAGUCGGCUAUCUUUACAUGGACCAAAUUGAAAGUACCGAGUGCUCCACCGGCUGCAAAACAAAUAAUCUGGCGUUAGAGACGAAAUCAGCUACACUUAACAAAAAAAAAAAAUCCCCCGUAUCGUAUUCUGCAGAGAACUUUUCUCAAGCACCGUUGAUGUUCGGUUCGAUAGUGCCAACGAAAACAGAUGGGAAAAAACGAAUGCUUGCGCAAACUGGCUCUCAAGAUGGCUCGACUAAGGCCCAGUGGACUCCCAAGGCUUUCGUUGUAACAAAUGAUAUCUGCUCAGAGUUUGUGUUUCAAGAGGUACCAUCUGGUUCUUCUACGCUAAGAAUGGUUGCUCUUCACGUUCAAUCGCAUAUCACUCCGAAUUGCACCGAAGCCAAGCCCAAGAACACUGCGGCCCAUGAUGUAGACUGCGUCAAGGAAUGCAGCUCCUUAUCUGCCUUGUGCCCACCACCCAAUUCGUGGGAUUGUUUUGUAGCUGCGGCUUCUGAAAAGCUCAAGGCCGACUGCUACAUCGAAUCAUACAUUGAUACUGGGCAGACCGUCACAACUUCGACUACUGUCCCUCCAAUUGGAGAUACCGUUCAGUGCAGAGUGGUCAACAUGGAAGACGAUGAAUACUUCGCGGACGCAGGCUGGGAUGUCAACGCCAUGAGCUGUUUGUGCCCCCAAGGGUUCAGCCCCUGCACGCAGCAACAGGUUGAGCAAGAUCGAUCUUACUGGAUUGAGGAUGUGACACCAUGGAGCGACAUAUGCCGACUCUCGUAUACAGUACAGCCAGUCGCCUGGGGAUUUUUGCAGGUGGCAAACGACUUAUGUAUGAACUCGUCGAAUCUUCAAUGGGGGCAGCGUCAGCUGCCACUCUAUUCCUUGAACGAUGUGUAUCUUGAUAGAGGGUAUAGAAGUGGCUACAACCAGUGUACGACAGAUGUACUUUAUGUCUUUUGUCCAGCUGCUUCUCUAACCACCACAACAAGCACAGCGGCUCCAGUGUGGGACUGGCCAGAAAACGCAGACUGUUUGCCGGGUUACUGGGCAGACUGGUCUGAAGGCAAUGGCACCCCUUGUACACUGGAAGAAACAGUUUCUUGCGCGUCGGACACCCUGCUGCCUUGCGAUUCGCUGUGCCUUCACUCGGAGUGGACGGAGUGGUCCAGCUGCUCAGAGAAACUGCUUGAGUUUGGAGUAGCACCAGUGAAGACAUCUUUGAGGGAAAAAUUGGUUUCCGCAGAAGCAGGUGAAGCUUGCGCUGCGCAACAUCUGAAGGAAUAUGACGCCUCGCGCUGUACUGGUAAGUAGGGAAGGAGGUCAAACCACCAGCUCUCCCUUCCACAGCCUAGCGCGCUAGAGCUUGGGAGCAGUGAGAUUGUCGAUGAGGGAGGCGAAAGUUGGUCCGAAUGGUCUUCGUGCGAUGCACCGUGCCUUAUGAACGGCAGGAAGCCCAGAAGGCACAGGCUGAGCAUUAAACCGGGCGCUAAUGAAGAGGGCGGGAGAGUUUACUACAGCUGCGAUGAUAUUUUCCCCCAGCACGAUAUUCCAGGAACACGCGAAUAUUGCCAAGAAAAAUGCCGGGAGAUCCUGAAGUCGUGCUCAGAUGAAUCCAGCCUCAAAGAGCAAACACCACUCCAGUGCUUUCAUCAAAACAUUGUCCAGCGUCUAACACUCACUGGACAAUGCCAUUAUAACCCAGACCUCGAUAAAGAGAUGUUGGCCCCAGUGUGCUUCCCAAGUUUAACUCGGAUGAACGAUGAUGACUCAUCGGAAUUCCGGUUCUUAGACCCCAACAGCCCGUCCGCACAAUGCUUGUGCCUUGAGAAGGACGCUGUCCCAUGCACCGCCGCAGAAGUGUUUGAAUCGCGAGAAUAUGCUUUUCCCUCUUCGGAUAUUUCUUCAUGCCCUUUACAAGAUUCUGCCGGAGCGAUGUUUGGCCCGUGGGGGUCUGGCUCUGCCGAUUCAAAGUUGUAUUUUGCCGCAGCAGACUCAAGCAAAAUAUUCUGUCCCCUGAGCAACAGUAAAAACCAAGAGCAGAAGUCAGAUAAUGCAACGUACUCCAAAUUUGCAACUCCUGCCGAGAUGAACGACUACUGUGCAAAUGGGUUGGACGCGCAGUACCAGUACUCAAGCAGCACUCCAUACGACAUUGAUCUUGACUGCGAUGCCGUGGUGCCCCGAGAUGCAACUGCGAGCCUUGAAGAUUGUCAAUCAAAGUGCCGUCAGAUUCAGGAGGAUUGCGAAAUUUCCACAGUAAACUUUUUGUCAUGCGUCGCUACAAAGCGCCGAAUCACCAAAUUUGACGUGGGGUGUGCAACUAAAGGAAAGCGUCUCGCCGGCAGAGGAUUUGUGUUUUGCAAAGCUAAGCAAAAAGACUGCAUAUAUUCGGAAUGGGGAGCGUGGUCAGAAUGCAGUGCCACCUGCCGCAGUGGCCCAGGAGGAAUGGCCGGAAGCGUCAGACUCCGCACUCGGCAAAUUGUGGCACCCAGCACUGGUGGAGGAGAGCAAUGCAGGUUUCUCACCCACAAAACGAGUUCCUCAACCACUGAUACAGGGACCGUGGAAUUGGAGAUUUGUACCUUCCAAAAACUAUGCGAUGAUUCUGACGAUUGGAGCACCUCGAGUAUAACACCCAAGCCCGAGCCCUCCCUGGAAGACUGGAGCGCCGAUAUUUUGAGUACAUCCACAACUACUACCGAGCCACGUGAUCCGGGGGAAAUGAUCUGCGACAUCGUCGACAUGGCUACUGACAGCAGAAAGAUGGGAUACGAUAAAGCGUACCGGACUUGCAAAUGUCCAUCGUACACUAGACCGUGCCUGGCUGAUGAGGCAGAAGCAUCUCGCUCUUUGUGGAACCAAACAAUGAUGGUUUUGUGCAAAGACAAUAAGACAGCUAGGAUACCACUAGCAAGCUUUAUAGCAUUCGAUUGCGAAACGCGCACAUUUUUUGAUGCUCAUGCGGAUUUAAAUGAGUCGACAGCGGAGACAGCGUGCUUGACAGAACAAUAUUCUUCUGUCUUUUGCGUGGUGGCAGAAGACCUUGAAUCCGAACGGCGUCAAGCUGCCAUCACAAAGAUUUUGAUAUUGCUCGUGGGAAUAAUGUUAGGCGUCGCAGUAGUGCUUUGGUUCAUUCAAUACAGCGUUGACGUUCAGAAAGUGCUUGGUUUAAGGGGCAGAUACGUUGAGCUCGUCAAUAUGACAAAGGAAUAA